AAACCCCACCUAUUAAUUCUACCUCAAAUACUCAAUAAAUAUACACAUAACUUAGCCAAGCAUACAAUCACCGAAUCUCUUAGAUCAUUCAAAGUAAAGGCAAAAGGAACAUGGAUCAUCAAAUUAGAGGCAUGCAAUAUGCAAUCAAGAUUGCAAUCAUCUUUUCUCUCUUCAUCUCCCAAAAUCUUGCACAGGUGCAACAACAACAAUGCAUGAACGAGCUUCAGCCGUGCCUAAACUAUCUCAGCGAAAAAAACCGGCCACCGGAAAGUUGCUGCCAGAAUCUCGAUUAUGUUAUUAAGUCAAUGCCCGAGUGCCUGUGCGCUUUGAUAAGCGUCCAGGGCGCCAAUCAAGCUGAGCAAGCGGGCAUCAACGUCACUGAGGCACAGACGCUGCCGGGAAGGUGCGGGCAACGUAUUAACCCGUUAGGGUGCGUGACGGGCACGCCUGAUACGAGAAAUAGGAAUACGAUUCAAAGUUCUAGCAGCUUGAAAUUAAGGUCCUGGAGUUUGGCUGUGUUUGUUGCUGCAAUAUUUGUAAUUUUACUGGAUUUGUAGUAGUAUAUUAUCCGGUUCUUUGUGGUUGUGGUGUUGAAGUCUUGUAUGUGUGCAAGAUUAAAUUAAGCUUUUAAUUUCUGUUAUGGGUGUAUUGUAUCAUGUUUGAAUUCAUUCUUUUAACGAAUAAACAUUUCAGUAAUGAUA